CAUCCAGAGAGAGGUGCAUCCGUCUGCUAAGGGAAAUGAUUCUGUCCACUUGCCCACAAUUGUGCCCCCCCCCCCCCCAUCUCCUUCCUCCCAUCGGCCUUUCAUGUGAACGGGCUGCUAACUGCUGGCUCCAUCUGAGCGCUCGUCCCCCUCCCGGGGCACUUAAGGUAGCAUGAAGGGAGGUGUGUGGGGGGGGGGGCAUGGGGCCAAAUGGCUUCAUAGGAUUAGUAGCACUGCUCGCCAUUGUCAAGGCUAGACCCCGACCACAAUCAGCCCUGUAAUAUCCCGGCUUGUCCUCAAUACACAACCUGAAGCUGCCAGGAAGGGACCUGUUUGUCUGCCCCCCCACAGGCACUUUGAAAUUCUGCUCAGCCGUCCUUCAACUUGGACCUAAGCAGGAGACCAGGGAGGGAAGCCUUCAUGCUUUCAGGACUGGUCUGUAGGCCGGAGCUGUGAUCGUGUGUUGGAGACCGAGCAAAAAGGGGAAGUAGAGAAAAUGAAAGAUGGAUUUUAAUGAUAAGAGAUUUAUGUUUUCAUUAAAUCUGACAUCUCUUCAGGUCAUCUUUACCUUCUCUCUGUGAUUUCACCCCCAACGUCCCGGUAGCCAAAGUAAAAAACAAAUAGACACCAACAUUUACCCACAAUGCCACAUUUUGGGAACAGAGUGUGUGAACUUCACAACAAAAGGCCUCCAACAUCAGGUAACACUCUUACCUGCCCCCCCCACACUCGGCCCAUCCUGACGACACCCCCCUCAGCUGUUUAGACUCCGCCCUCUCUGCAAUAACCAAUCAAGUUCAAGGCCCGAACAUCUCCAGGAUAGAGACCCCUGAUGGAUCUGACUUCAGAGUUAGAACUUCUGACAACAAGGCAGCACUUUAGUCUCUGAACCUCAAGGAUCCACUGGGAGGACACUGGGAGAACACUGGGGACAGAACAUGCAACACUUCUCUGACUCUAAGUCGAACAUGAGCGUGCCUCGAUCCCCCCCAGCGUCCGACUCAUACCAGCAGGGCAGCAUCAGGAUGAUCCUGGAGAACGCAGACCUCUGGAAGUCCUUCGACCACAUCGGAACAGAGAUGAUCAUAACAAAGCAUGGAAGGAGAGUGUUCCCCCACUGCAGCGUCAGCCUGACGGGGCUCCAGCCUUUUGCCAAUUACAUCGUCAUGAUGGACAUGGUUCCUGUAGACAGCUUCAAAUACAAGUGGAAAAAGGAUCAGUGGGAGGUCGCAGGGAAGGCAGAGCCCCAGCCCCCGUGUCGGACCUUCAUGCACCCGGACUCCCCGGCCACAGGAAGUCACUGGAUGAAGCAGUCGCUGUCUUUCCUCAAGGUGAAGCUCACCAACAACACCUUGGACCAGCACGGCCACAUCAUCCUGCACUCGAUGCAUCGCUACUUCCCCAGGUUCCAUGUGAUCCAAGCAGACAGUCCCUACACCGUCCGCUGGGGACCCUUCCAGACCUUCUCCUUCCCUGAGACCAGCUUCACUUCAGUGACGGCUUACCAAAACCCAAAGAUCACCAAAUUGAAGAUUGACCACAACCCUUUCGCAAAGGGCUUCAGAGAGGGAGGCACCCACUCCCACGGCAAAAGGUGUCGGAAUGGAAGCCCUCCUGCAAAGAGAGACAGGCUGGACAGGAAGGCUCUUUGUAGCACAUCCCCAGACCUGCAGAGGAUGCCCUCCACCUCUCAGUCGGUGCAGGCGGAGAAGGAUGAGGCCUCCGUGCAGCCGUCACCGAAGGGGGGUCACCUCUCGGCCUGGGCGGUGGAGCAGGACCCGUCGGAGAGGCUCCACGCUGAGCCCCUGGAGCUGCACGAGUACGACUACAGCUGCGAAGAACAGAUGGUGCCUGCGUCCGUGGCCCACCAGCCCUACAGAUCUGUGGAUUUCGCCAGGUUCCCCUUCCCGUCCAACGAUGUGGAUCCAGCGCACCCCCUCGUCCACCCCCCUCCUCACACACUCUCCACAGUGGAGCAUGGAGCCCAGCCACCACACACCUACCACCACCACCAUCAGCACCACCACCACCACGGCAACACAGCGGACUGGAGCCAGUACCCCCUCUUCUCGUACUCCUGUUGGUGAACUUUGACCCUUUGCAAAGGGGACAGCGUCAAUGGAGGAUAAUGUCACGAAGGCCUCGAAAAGAGUGAAGAAAUACUUUUAUUAUGAGCGGACCAGAAACGGAACAUGUGUACAAAGUAUCACAUAUGUCCAGCACCUCAUGUGUAACAUAGGCAGAAAUCAGGGUUUUCUAAUAUUAAGAUUUAUGUUCCUGCAAACUUGAGCUUUCACAGGUGUCUGUUGUAAAUAGAUGAACAGUAUAUAGAUGACUGUGUGUUUUGAGACGUAUAUACUGUAUAUUAAGCGGUUUUCAGAAGGGAAAUAAGUGAACAAAUAGACUGUUGAGGUAAAGAGUCAAACAUCAAGAGUUGUAUUUUCUUAAAACAAA